AUGAGGAACAUUUUUAAGUCGAGCAAGCCGAAGUCGCCUGCCGAGCUUGUGAAGUCGACCGUUGAGCUGCUGACGUUACUGGGAAGCUCCCAAGAUGCCAAAAAAACUGCGAAGAUCGUCGAAGACCUGGAGAAGCAUUUGUAUGAUAUUCGUAUAGUGUUGUACGGGGAUACUGAGACGUUCCCGAACGCAGACGCUGUGACUCUCGUGGGAGCAGAGGUGUUUAAGGGGAAUUUCUUGGAACUUCUCAUUAGGAACCUUGGUUCCCUGUCUCUUGAUUCAAAACGGUAUGCGGUGCAUAUCAAUGCGAGCCUGCAAAAGAGGCAAAUUCAAAAUCGCAUGGUUGCGGGCGAGUACCUUAUGCAACACACGGACCUUCUGGACCUUCUCAUAAAAGGAUACGAGGAUCCAGUUCUGGCACUCUACUACGGCUUGAUGCUUCGGGAAUGCAUUCGCCACCAAUCGGUUGCAAAGUACGUCUUGGAGAGCAAAGACUUUUUCAAGUUCUUCCACCAUGUCGAACUACCCAGUUUUGAAGUUUCUUCUGAUGCUGCUGCAACAUUUAGGGAGCUCUUGAUGCGACACAAGGCCACAGCAGCUGAUUUUGUAUUGAGGAAUUAUGCCAAGUUUUUUGAAGCGUACACCAAGUUGUUGCAGUCAUCUUCCUACAUUACGAGGCGUGUUGCAACCAAGCUUUUGGCAGACAUGCUUCUGGAUCGUGCCUAUGUCAUGGUGACUUUGAGAUUUGCGAGUGAUGUCAACAACCUGAUUGUAUCCAUGAACCUCCUGAGGGAUACAAGUAAAGUGAUUCAAGUUGAUGCGUUUCACAUCUUCAAGGUGAUUGUGGCCAACCCGAAGCAGCCACAAGAUGUUCAGCUGAUCCUUCUUAAGAACAAAGAUAAGCUGCUCCGCUUCUUGCCAGCCCUGACACUUGAGAAAGGAACAGAAGCAGAAAUUUCCUCGUUCGAGGAAGACAAACAGGCUAUUUUGAAACUUGCCCUCGUCCCCCACGCUCACCCGCGCUUCCCACGCUUACCCGCGUUUCCCGCGCUCUCCAGCGUCACCCGCGCUUACCCGUGUCACCCGCACCUACCCGCGUCAUCCCCACUUACCCGCGCUUACCCGCGUUUCCUGCGCGUACCCGCGUUUCCCGCGCUUACCCGAGGUCACCCGCGCUUUCCAGCAUCAUCACCGCUUGCCUGCGUCUCACGCUCUUUCCCGCGUGUGAAACGCUUACCCGAAUCUCCCUCAUUCUUCCCUCGUCGCUUGCGUUGCUCCUCAACGCCCUCGCCUCCUGUUGUCGCCUCUGUUUCCCCCAUCCACACGCACUUCCCCUUAUCCCCAUGUCUAUCCAAGUCGCCACUCCCCGUCGGUAGCGAAGGCCCCCACACACCACCAGCAUUCCCCCCACUUGUCCGCCUCCUUUCCCCCCCACACACCACCAGCAUUCCCCACUCCCUCCUCCCUGUUUCCCCACUCCCUCCUCCCUGCUUCCCCACUCCCUCCUCCCUGCUUCCCCACUCCCUCCUCCCUGCUUCCCCACUCCCUCCUCCCUGCUUCCCCACUCCCUCCUCCCUGCUUCCCCACUCCCUCCUCCCUGCUUCCCCCCUCCCUCCUCCCUGCUUCCCCCCUCCCUCCUCCCUGCUUCCCCCCUCCCUCCGCCCUGCUUCCCCCCUCCCUCCGCCCUGCUUCCCCCCUCCCUCCGCCCUGCUUCCCCCCUCCCUCCUCCCUGCUUCCCCCCACCCUCCGCCCUGCUUCCCCCCUCCUUCCUCCCUGCUUCCCCCCACCCUCCGCCCUGCUUCCCCCCUCCCUCCGCCCCUGCUUCCCCCCUCCCUCUGCCCUGCUUCCCCCCUCCCUCCGCCCUGCUUCCCCCCUCCCUCCGCCCUGCUUCCCCCCUCCCUCCGCCCUGCUGCCCCCCUCCCUCCGCCCUGCUUCCCCCCUCCCUCCGCCCUGCUUCCCCCCACCCUCCGCCCUGCUUCCCCCCUCCCUCCGCCAUGCUUCCCCCUCCCUCCGCCCUGCUUCCCCCCUCCCUCCGCCCUGCUUCCCCCCUCCCUCCGCCCUGCUUCCCCCCUCCCUCCGCCCUGCUUCCCCCCUCCCUCCGCCCUGCUUCCCCCAUCCCUCCGCCCUGCUUCCCCCAUCCCUCCGCCCUGCUUCCCCCCUCCCUCCGCCCUGCUUCCCCCACCCCCUUCCCUGCUUCCCCCCACACCCUCUACCUGCUUCCCCCCAUCCCCGUCCCUGCAUCCCCCCAUCCCUUUCCCUGCUUUUCCCCAUCCCCUUCCCUGCAUCCCCCGAUCCCUUUCCCUGCUUUUCCCCAUCCCCUUCCCUGCUUCCCCCCAUCCCCUUCCCUGCUUCCCCCCAUCCCCUUCCCUGAUUCCCGCCACCCUCUGCCCUGUUCCCACCUGCCCUCCCUAUCCCUGCCUUUCCCUCCCUGCCCUGCCCUUCCCUUCCCCAUCCCUUCUCAACCCUUCCCUUCAUUUUCACGCCCUCCCCCCUUCCGCACUCUCGUUCCCAUGCAUGUGCACCCAUCACUGUCACCCCAGCCCUGCUUUCAUCAUGUGUGCUUGCUUGUAUCCCCUUGCCGUUGUUCCCUUGCACCUCACACCACCUCCCCGUUGUUUCUUCACACAAUUCUGUCUGCCUACUCCACUCCCCUAA